AUGUCACUUUACUUCGAUACACGCGUACAAAAUCCAGAAACAGCUUCGAUAAGUACUCACGCAAUUUGGCACGUUAAUUAUCCGUUAUUAGCUGUUGCCGCGUAUUCCCAGGAUAAAGGUGGUUUUGUAACAAUCUAUGAUGAUCAAGGUGAACCUACUCAGGAUGUAGAAUCACCUAGGCAUUCCAUAGCUCAGGUAACUGCACUUGGAUGGCAUCCAGAGAGACGAUGGCUUGCAGCAGGAUGGGAAAGUGGAGAAUUGCGGGUAUGGCCAGGUGAUACCAGUAGCACUGAAUUUAAUUUAAUAGUUACACCACAUCGUGAUUCUAUUACAAUCUUGCAAUGGAGUCAACAUGGAGGAAGAUUGGUAUCUGCAGAUUCAGCUGGAUCUAUAGUAGGCUGGAAAAUUGAUUCAAGAGGUCAAUUGUUAAUGAUGUUUCAUCAUGAGUUGAAAGAUUCUUUUACACAAAUAGUAUUUAAAACUAUUCCAUCAAAGUCAAUGAUGGAUAUAAGUAGUUUAGCAAAAGCUGCAGUUGCAGGAGAUGAAAGAGCACUAGAUAUAUUCAGUUCUUGGCGUCCUAGAACAGCUGCACCUACAACAGUGGUAGCACAAAGAGAUAAUCAUGCUUUCUAUAUUGGAACUACUAGUGGUGUAAUAUAUUUUGUUGAUAAUCAGGGACAAUGUACAGAAAUUUUAAACACAAAUGGUGCAGCAUUACAGUUUUUAUUGCACCAUCAAACGAGAGAUUCUCUAAUUGUUAUGACAGAAGGUUUAAAUAUAGGACAUUUUCAAGCAGAUCCUAUUACUGGCCGACUGAUAGAAUUAACAAAAGUAAAACUCAGCAGUAGGUAUGAUAUAUUGCGAACUGGCCCAGCAAUGUGUUGGGCUGGAGGAAAUACUUUAGCAAUUCUUACAGGAGAAUUAGCUGUUCGUUGUUGGGACCUUCAUACUAGUGAUAGCUAUGUGUUGUCUCCACCAGACUCGACUACCGGAAAUAUUGCUACACCACAAGAAAUCUGCACAAGCAUAUCUUUUUGUAAAAAUAACGGUACUUUAGCUGCUGGAACUAAUUUGGGAACAAUUUAUUUAUGGAAACGUAAAAUUGAAACGGACUGCGAUGAAAAUAGUUGGCCUAAUGUACCCGAAUCUUGUAGUAUUCACGGAACAGUAAAACAACUUACAUGGGGCGCAACUUUUCUAAGAAGUCCACUUCUUGCCGUAAAUUGUAUUACUAAUGUUUUUAUAUUAUAUCAACAACCAAUGUGUGCUACAUAUAAUGAUGAUGUUUGUGCUAGUCAACUCAGUCCUACUCAGAUCUUAAUAGAAAUCAAUGAACUAAGUUGUACUUUAAAAACUGACAUUCAAGUGCAACUUGUUGCUGUUAAUAAAGAAUACAUAGCUGUUUCUUCUGGUAGACAAAUUGCGGCCUAUACAAUUUAUGAGGAUGCAUCUUUGAAUACCACUGUAAUUGCAAAUUUCAAUUGUGAUACCGAAAAAUUAUUGAUUUACGAUCACACUUUGAUCAUCUUAACUCCUGUAGUCAUACAAUUACGAUCAAUGGAGGGUACUGUUAUUCAAAUGCUACCCACAUUACCAGAAGAGGGUGAACCAAUUACAAUGGAUCUUACAAGUCAAUAUUUGACAGUUGCAUCUUUAAAUGGUAUUUUAAAAAUUUGGGACUUGAGUAAACGAGAAGCGAAGUUACAUACCAGAGCAAUGGCGACUUAUGAAGCGAUUAGUGAUUUUGCUGAAAUCAUCGAAGCAAGAUGCAAUGCUGACUGUCGUUGUGUAUCUAUUACUGUUGCAAUGGCUAAUUUGAUGCCUAGUUCUAUUUUGUACGUUUGGGACAUAGAAAGUGAUCACAUACACGAAUUUGAUUUCGCAGAAUCUAAGAAUAUAGACGAAGACGACACUACUUUAUCUGUAAAAUGUAAAGGAAGGCUGGUUACUGCUCAUUGUUGGGAUAUUGAAGAUCCUAGAUUGUUAGUAUGCCGAGCACAAAGACUAGAGAUCCAAGAUUCCAAAUACUCCACAAAACAAAACAAUGAAAACGAUUAUGAUAUUUCAAAGAGCACUGUAGUUUUGGUAUCAAUGUUCGCUACUUCUGAUCACGGUAUCGUUGUACAAGAUAUAAAACCAAUUAAGGAUGAGAAUUGUAGAAUAUUAGGUGUUCAUUCUCCAUAUAUCAUUAUUUUGAACUCCGAAAAGUCGAUAGAAAGAAUUAGCAAAGUAACGAAAUUGCUUAUGAGAGACUUUGAGGAACUAGGUACAUGUGAUUCGGUUACAAAGAAAGCUAUAUUAGAUUUCAGCUUUCAUAUCAGUGUUGCUAAUAUGGAGGAAGCCUUUAAGUCAAUUAAAUCUAUUAAAAAUGAAGGCAUUUGGAAAAGUUUGGCUAGGAUGUGUGUAAAAACAAAACAAUUAAAUAUGGCACUUUUAUGUUUGGGUCAUAUGAAGCAAGCUAGAGCAGCAAGAGCUCUUAGAGAAGCUAUGCAAGACGACAGUUUAAACCUAGAAGCCAAAGUAGGUACAUUAGCGGUUGAGUUAGGAUUAUAUAAUGAUGCUGAACGUCUUUUCCGCGAAGCAAAAAGAUUAGAUCUACUGGGCAAGCUUUUUGAAGCACGUAAUAAGUUUAAAGAAGCUAUAGAGUUGGCAAGAAAUGAGAAUAAAAUUUGUGAAAAAACAAGUUACUAUAAUUAUGCAAAAGCUCUCGAGCAAGAGAAUAAAAUAGCAGAAGCUAUAGAGAUGUAUACAAAAGCAGAUUGUCAUAGAUUUGAAGUGCCAAGGAUGUUGCUUGUUAGACCCAGAGAACUAUUGACAUACCUUAAUAAUUCAGAAGAUCCAGAAAUUAAAAAUUGGCAUGCACAAUAUAUAGAAUCAACUGGAGACAUGGAAGGAGCAUUGAAGUUGUACGAACAGGCUAAAAAUACUUUAGCCAUGACUAGAUUGCUCUGUUAUUUUGGUAGAGAAGAUGAAGUUAGCGAAUUAGUAUCGCGAACAAAUCAUGCUGCCUCUGCAUAUCAUUUGGCUGCUCAUUAUGAGUCAAAAAAUAAUGUAACUCAAGCUAUUCAUUUCUAUACCAUUGCCAAGGCCUACACAAAUGCAAUUCGGUUGUGCAAAGAACACGAUAUGUUCGAGGAACUAUGGCCUUUGGCUGUAUUAGCUCCAAGGCAAUCACAGAUAGAUGUUGCAAAGUAUUAUGAAGAAAAUGAUCAAUCAGAUAAGGCAGUUUUGCUAUAUCAUAAAGCUGGUUUAUUGCAUAAGGCUUUGGAUAUUGCUUUUAAGACAAAACAAUACAGUGCUUUGCAAUUAAUUAUUAUGGAUGUUAAUGCGGAUUCUGAUCCUGCUUUGAUAGAGAAAUGUGCAGAUUAUUUUGUUCAAAAUGAUCAGAUUGAGAAAGCAGUAGACCUACUUGCAACUGGUAGAAAAUAUUUGGAAGCUUUGGAAUUGAUGCAGAAACAUAGUAUUUUAUUAAAUGAAGAUUUAGCUGAAAAGAUGACAUUGGAUAAAGUUGAUAACGACAUAGAUCGUGAAAAAAUACGAAUUUCUAUAUUAGAAAGGAUAGGAGAAAUAGCUUUUGAGCAAGGAAACUAUCAUUUAGCAACUAAAAAGUUCACUCAAGCUGGUAACAAAUUGAGAGCUAUGAAAGCUUUACUGAAAUCAGGUGAUACUGAAAAAAUUUGUUUCUUUGCCCAAGUAUCUAGGCAAAGAGAAAUUUAUAUUAUGGCUGGAAAUUAUUUGCAAUCGUUAGAUUGGCAGAACCAACCAGAAGUAUUGAAAAACAUCAUUAAUUUUUAUUCCAAGGGGAAAGCAAUGGAUUUGUUGGCUAAUUUCUAUGUUGCUUGUGCACAAGUAGAAAUUGACGAGUUUCAAAAUUACGAAAAAGCUUUAGAUGCUCUGAAUCAAGCAAGCAGAUGCCUGGCUAAAGUAACUACCCCAAAAGAUCUUGAUAUUCAUAAAAGAGCAGUCGAUUUGGUGAAUAAUAGAAUAGGAGCAGUUAGACGUUAUUUAGACAUCAAAAAGUUGUUUGAUAGAGGCGAAACUGGGGCAGCAAUGCAACAAGUGCAUCAAUUACUUGAUUCUCAAGGACCAGAUUUAGAACAAGCGGUACGUCGUGGUGACUUAUUUGCAACUGUUACUCAGCAUUAUAUCAACAUUGGUGAUACUGAUAAAGCACGCGCUACUAUAGAAGAAUUAAAGCGCUUAAUACCAGGCAUUAAUUUAGCUUAUUAUUAUAAUGUGGGUGUAUUAGAAUUACUUGGUUAUAAAAUGAAAAUUCAACGACAAGAAAGUUCCGAUAAGGAAGACGAUAUCGAGGAACUCUUAGGUGAAUAA